GAUUUGGUGGUCUUCAGCAAGGAUGGGAAGCAGCAUGUGGCCGACGUGGCGGCCACCCUGGCUGCGAUUCAGGCAGCGGGCCUGACUUGUCAUCCAGGAGAAUGCCAUUUCGGGGUAAAGACAGUAGCGUAUCUGGGGUUUCAAGUGGGAGAGGGUGGAUUGUCAGUUCAACAGGCUAAGGUAGAGGCGGUAGAUAGACUGAAGCCGCCUACCAACAGGAGCACUCUUAGAGCGCAGCUGGGAUUCUUGAGCUACUACCGGAAGUUCGUUCCGAACUUCAGCAAGACGGCAAGGGCCUUGAACCGACUCUUGCGAGAGGACGAGCCCUGGAAGUGGGGAGAAGAGCAAGAAGGCGCGUGGAGGACGUUAAAGGAGGCAGUGAAGUCGGCGCCCAUGCUGAAAUUGCCCAACCCAGAAAAGCCAUCCACGCUGUACACUGACUGGAGUAGCAGUGGGAUGGGGGCUGUCCUGUGUCAGGAGGAAGAGGGGCUGGAGAGAGUAGUGGCGUACGCCAGCCGGUCUUGCAGUCUAGCGGAAGGAAACUACAGCUCCUACGAGGGAGAGGGGCGGGCAGCGGUGUGGGUUGUGGAGCUCUUCAGGCCGUACCUGCAAGGAAGGAGAUUUACGCUGGUCACCGAUCACCAACCUUUGCUGUGGCCAAUGACGAACCAUACGCUGAAGGGGCGGAAUGCGAGAUGGGCUAUGAGGCUGCAGGAGUUCGAGUUUGACGUCAAGCAUAGGCCGGGGAAGACCCUCCAGCAUGUGGAUGGGCUAUCCAGGCAGGGCCCAGCGGAACCGCCGCAGAUGGCUUAACAGAGCGAAUAGUGCAGACGUU